CUUGGAGUCGAAGUACCCAUUGCGCUCAACGGAGAUGGUCUUGGCGUUGGUCUGGCGGACGAUCUUGACGCGCUGGCCGCAGAUGAGCGAGAUGUGCUUGGGAACGAUCAAGCUUCGAACGGAUUCCGCCGCAUGCAAGAUCGAGCUGCGCGACGGGAAAUGAACGAUUCCUGUGUGGGGAUUAACCCUGUACACCGAAUGUUCCGUGCGUCUUCUCUCGUCUGCACGGACGACGUGUAUGGUAAACUCACGUUUACUCAGCAGUCAUACACGGUCGAUGCCAUGCGCGCAACGGCGGAUUGCGGGGAAUGGAGUAAGGGCCAGGGAGAAAGGAGGCAUGCGGAGGCGGAAGACGCGGGCUUGGAGGGAGCGCACGGACUUUCGUCGCGACCAGGGAUGCACCUGCAGAUGGCGGGGACCACGACUCCGAGGUCACAUGCGAAGGCAAGCUCGAGGCCGUCGCCGAGCGCGACUGUCGACAGCCGCGAGAGUAGGGAGCAGAAAGUUCUCGAGGGGAGGGCCGAUGAGGUGGACGAAGAGCUUCAAUAUACUGAGGUGGACAUAGGCGUUCAAGGGGUCGGAGAGAUAAGCGGUAGAGAGGUACGAGAAGGGAAUGGAACGAGCGGCGUGGACGGCGUAAGAAGGAGGGCAGAGGAAAUGGUCGAUGUUAAAAAAAAGGGCGGGUGGAACGGGGACUUUGUGAGGGUCGGUGAGAUGGACGCGGCAGUCACGCCUCGCCACUGCGUCGCGGCACGGCGUGGUCUCUCGCGGGUGAGAUGGUGGGGGAUGACGUCUGUCUACCAAGACGUAUCUGUGCAUCCACAGCUUGUCAAUGCCGACGUGCCCAUCCUCGCCCGUCGGCUACACAUUGAUGGACGGCCUCCUUCUCGGUUUGUUGUGGCCGCCCCUGUCUAUCGCUGUUGGGUUUGCCCGUCGCCACAUCCUGUCCACGCCUGGACUGCCUACUCGCCGUUUUUGCCUAUCGAGCGCGGAUCUACGGUGCGCCUUCUGGACGCGAACAGCGCGGUCUCUGUCGAUGGCCCGGGGCCUGCAAACUCAGCAACGCCAUUCCUCUGGGACCUGAGAGUCGGCGAUCCCGAAGCAGGUCGCAUAACACCAGCGCGCGAGUGGCUAGGGCGCGUGGCCGGUCGCAAGCUAAAGGACAUAGCAAUCUUGAGGCUCCGUGCACCAGCUGUGUCACGGAAGGACGACACUUCCGGGUUGACAUCGAAGACCGGCAUUGAGUCGAAGCCGCUGCCGAUGACCUUCCAGCUGGACUUGAAGAGGCGCAUGUGCUGCUUGGGGACGAGGUGGAAGAGCGAAGGAGAAAUGGAUGUCGCGGUGUUGCGGCCAAGAGCACUGGCGGUCCUGUUGAACGUUAAGAGGCGUAUCGCGAGUGAGAGUGGCGUCGGUGAAGACCAGGCAGGGAACCGCGGCCAGCGCCCUGAUUUGUUGCUAGCAGAAGGCGACGAGGAUGGUGGACGCGUGGCAAGAGGUUCAAGAGAAACAAGGAAGCGGGCAAGUUAG